AUGGCGGACUUCAGUGCCUUGAGUGAGCUGAAGAACCAGCAACGGCCAGUCCGUCGCAAUGACAAGACAUACAGCAAGAAGAAGGCCCAGACCGCGGAGAGACGGGCAAUGCAUUUUGAUCUCUUCGGCGGUGGGAGAGAUGAGAACGACAUUGCUAAUAAGAUGGAGAAACUAUCAAUUCAUCACGAUGUUAGAGAGACGCCUGUGCGACCGCUACCCGAACCAACUCCUUCUUUUGAGCAGAGACCAACUGAACAUCACCCCCGGCCUCGAGGACGUCGGAAAGAUGCUUCAUCCAGGAAAAUGGCGGUAUGUCUCUACGGUUUCAUUGGCCAACUCCAGGAAAUUGACCACCACUUGCAGAACCUCACACCACAAGACCUCCAACAACUCGAACCUCUACUGUCACUAAUCGAACAACAAGGAGUCAAAGAUUUCCAGGAAUUUGGUCGAAGCAUUGGCAAGAAAUACCUGUGCGAAAAGCUCGGUGAGGGAUCAUAUGCCGACGUCUUCAAACUUCAACCAAAAGACUUCACAGAGGCCGAGGAUUUGGAGAAACGAGGCGGUCUCAUCGUCAAAAUCAUCCCCUUCAAGCUCACACCAGAGACCCAAAAUGACAUCGCUGACAUGGAAUCAAUAACCCGAGAAGUCCGACUCAUGCAGUCAGUCGACGCUUUGCAUGGAUUUGUUCGCUGCCGGGGCAUCCACAUUGUCAGCGGCAAGUACCCAGACGUCCUCCUCGAAGCGUUUGACGCAUUCAAAGCAACAAGACCGGUUUCCGCCGCCCAUUCCAACCCGUUGAAGGAUUUUUCUCCACAACAGCUCUAUGCCAUUAUGGAAAUGAACGACGCCGGAAAGCCAAUCUAUCGCCUCAAAACUCUGUCAGCAUUUCAGGUGUAUGAUAUAUUCUGGAAAACGGCCAUGACCCUCGCUCUCGCGGAGAGAGAAAUCGAGUUCGAACACCGAGACAUGCACAAUGGAAACAUCUGCUUCAAGCCUCUAACCAAAGACGGCCCGAUUGAUGCAGCACAAAACCUCAUUGAAGACAUGAACAAGAGGCCAGAAGUCGUCUUGGGAAUGUCAAAUCUGCAAAUCACUGUCAUCGACUACACUCUGUCGCGAGCCAAGCUCGGUGACGGGAGUAAAAGCGGCCUCAUCGUCUUCGACCCGAUGUUGUUUUGGGAGACGGACUCAUACGUAGCACAAACCGAGGAAGAUAAACGGCAGUGGGGGACGUACCGCCGAGCCCGAGAGUGGGCCAAGCUGGUUGAGUCCGAAGUGGAAGAAAAUGCCAGACUUGAUGGACUUGAAUAUGAGGCAAGGAACAAGUACGAGAGGUUCCUGCCAAAAUCCAACCUGUUCUGGCUCGGAUACCUGCUGGCGGAUAUGCUGAGGAGGACCCCUGCUGGCAGGGGGGCCAGCCUGCCAGGCAGCAGCAGGGCAGCAAAGAACCUGCAGUUGGAGCUGUGGGCCACGUUGGCUGAGGUGUCAACUUACCUCAACAACGUCCAACCGACGUUGUUACCGGUGGGUGCGGACGGCCUCGUCACAGCGGCGGUGGUGAGGGGCUGGCUGGCGCCAGCUGACAUGGCGGCCUUUAAAGCCCAGAUGGAAGAAUAG